AUGAAAAUCAUUAUUCAAUAUCUUCAACAAACAAAUAAGCUCAUCACAUCACCACUUGUUGUUCAUAAUGAUCUUCCAACAAAUGAUUGGACAACACUUUUUCAACUUCUUGCCAAAGAUAAUUCAUAUCAAGGUAUGGCUAAUGGUCGUUCAUUUUAUGAACAAUGUCUUCCAUCAAACAGUCUUUCGAUUGCAUUUUCAUGUACGUCAGUUAAUUGGCUAUCAAAAGUGCCUUGUACCAUCACCAAUCAUCGAUUUUAUACAUAUGCCGAAGAGAAAGAACGUGAAACAUUCAAACAUCAAUCAAAACUUGAUUUUGAUACAUUUAUAGAGAAUCGUUCUCGAGAACUUGUACCUGGUGGCAUUCUUAUUUUUAAUAUUCCGCGUGCUGAUCAUGAAGGAAUAGUAUGUGCUGCUCCUCUUACUGUGAUUAUCUUUAUACAUGUGCAAAAUUACUAUUCAAUAAACAAGAGCUAUCGGACUUAA